AUGCUCACCACAAAUGAUAAGCGCUGUUGGCGAUGCGGUGAAGCAUCGGAGACUUUACCCCAUGUGCUCUGUCACUGCGGUACCCAUUCCGCCGCAAUACAGCUGAGGCACAACGCUGUCCUGCACCGCAUCUGGAAGGCCACUCGCCUUCCAAGAAUAGUGCGGGUUAACCAGCAGGUGGAGGGCGUCAGCGGCAAUUUGGCGGCGCUACGACCUGACCUCGUGGUCAAGCACGAGCCCUCCAAAAGUGUCGUCAUAUGCGACGUCACGGUACCCUUUGAGAAUGGAUGGAUUCCGUUCGAAGAAGCCACGGCGAAGAAACUCGAAAAAUACAACGCCCUGGCGGAAGAAUUACAACGACAGGGAUAUCGUGUCGUCGUGACGGCCUUCGUCGUCGGCGCCCUCGGCUCGUGGGAUCCGAGAAAUGAGGCGGUGUUAAGACUGCUGAUGGUUACGGCCCAAUACGCGUCAAUGAUACGACGUCUGAUCGUCUCGGAUAUCAUUCGCUAG